AUGGAGGUCCAGCAGCAGCAGCAGCAGCUCAAGUUGGCUAUGCUCGGCUUUUGUUAUUUAGCGUAUAAACUCAACACCAGGAUGUUUGAGAGAAGAUUGCGAGCGGCGAAAAGAAACUCAGCCGAAAAGAGGAGAAGGCUCCUGGCGUGGGUGCUGAGGCGGAGGGAGAGGAGCACCUGGAGGAGGAGACAGAGACGCCGGCGCCAGCAGAUCCUUGCCCUCUUUUGGAAGCGGCGCCGGCGACCGGUGGCCUGGGCCUUCAGCAGGGCCAGCGACUGGUGGGACGUGACCGUCCCGGGAUUCACGCACACGCAGUGGCUGCACCAUUUCCGAAUGUCCGAGGGAACGUUUUCCUACCUCUGUGAACGGCUGCGUCCAGCCAUGGAGAAGCAAGACACCAGUUUCCGAGCCUGCGUGCCGCUGAGGAAGAGAGUUGCCAUUGCGCUGUGGAAGCUGGCCACCAACAGUGAAUACAGAAGAAUCAGCGAUCUCUUCGGUGUCAGUAUCACCUUAGUGUGCCGGUGUGUGCAGGACUUCAGUAAGGCCGUGUGCACAAUGUUACUUCCUGAAGUGAUUCGUUUUCCGGACCAGGAAAAGCUGCAAGAGCUGGCCGACCACUUUGAGAACAGGUGGGGUCUUCCUCAGUGUGUCGGUGCCAUCGAUGCCUCACUCGUACCAAUAAUAGCGCCACGCCAAGACCCCACCGACUACGUGAACGGAAACGGUGGGCAUUCCCUCGUCCUGCAGGGAGUGGUGGACAGAGCAGGACUGUUCUGGAGUGUGACUGCAGGAACGCCCGUGAGUUUCCAUGACACUCAGCUUCUGCGAUCGUCCCCGUUGUGGGACUGGGUUGGGCGGGGAGGCCUGCACCCUGCGUGCACUAAGGAGAUCGGGGGGGUGGGGGUUGGCUACUACGUGCUGGGGGGCUCCCCCUACCCGUUACAGAACUGGCUCAUGACACCAUUUCCUGAGAACAGACUGACAGCAGAACAACAAACCUACAACAGGAAAACCUCCGGGGCCCGGGCCGUAGCUGCAGACGCCUUCAGGAGACUCAAGGGGAGGUGGAAGUGUCUGCUGAAGAGGAACGGCAGUGACGUUGAACUGGUCAAAUCCAUGGUCCUUACUUGCUGUGCUCUUCACAAUCUCUGUGACAGUCGUGGAGAAGACUACCAGCAGGAAUGGGACACGUCUGAAGACGAGCCGGGACUGCUAACAGCACGGGACGUUGAAGAAGACGGGAGGGAAGUACGUGACGGGCUGAUGCGGCAUCUCAACACUGAAUAA